UGGCUGCUAACGUGUUUAUAUAGAGGGUGUUAAUAGGUAAUCGUGUCACACUUCUAAGGAUAUACAUGUAGGCAGGUCAACGUCACAUUAGGACGCAGUAAACAUAUAAUACACUGUCUUAACAACGACGACAAGUAGUUCAUCUGAAAAUACACAUAAGUGUGUUACGCAAAUCACUAUUGUUUUUUUUUUUCGAAAGGUGAACAAGUGAUUAGAGCUUCUCGAGAAGGAGCCGUGAUGAAAAAUAUGAGUGAAGUACGGGACUAUUCGGACAGCGAUGAGGACGUUAAUAUUGAUGACGAUGAGGAAAGUGUACCACACAAUACAACACAUUCUAUACAAACGAUGCUUGCGGGAGAAGGUUGUCAGGACUGUGGUUCCUCCUCUGAUGCAAUUCCAGCAAAGACAGCACAACGACCAUCCUUUCUGAUCACAGACAUUCUUUCUGAUUCCCGUUACAAUAGAGACAAUAAACAGGGGUCCUCUAGUCCUAUUAGUCCAAGUGAACAACGAAUACCGUCAGUGAGCGGUGAUUCAAUCUACAGUAACAAGGAUUCGUUAGAUUCACCCCCAGAAGGUUAUACAGACAGAUUAUUAGGUCAUCCUGAACACACAACAUACAGUUCAAAAGUAAAAAAGGCGCGAAAGGCAAGAACGGCUUUCACUGACCACCAAUUAAACAGUUUGGAAAAAAUAUUCGAACGUCAGAAAUACCUCAGUGUCCAGGAUAGGAUGGAACUCGCCGCCAAACUAAGCUUAACCGACACCCAAGUGAAGACAUGGUACCAGAACAGAAGAACCAAAUGGAAGAGGCAAACAGCUGUUGGAUUAGAACUUUUAGCAGAGGCUGGGAAUUUCGCGAGUGUUCAGAGGAUGAUGGUGGCUAACCCUUACUGGUCAGGUUACAGCGAACCAACCUCUUCGUUUCUACCCAAUGGACUAUAUCUACAACAUACAAACCCUUUAUCGCCACCCGUAUUACCAUCAAGACCGCUUAUGCCUCCAAUGUUUCUUUAGAUAUCCUCCAUAACUUUACCGUUUUAAAACAACCACUUCAAACAUGUUAAAAAAGGCCUAGAGAUCAUAUUUCUGAUUAUAUUACCAAACUAUGAUCGCUUUAUACUUAUAGUCACUGUUAUACGAUAGUGCAUGUUGGUGUGAAGAAAAUAUGCUGAAACAACAAUGGUAAUAACACGUGUUGAAAUGCUGAAAUAGAAAGAAAAAUAUUUAAAAUAUGUUUUGUUAUUCACUGUUAUGACA